AUGAGAGUACCUACGUCGUACGAAACUACGAAAUAUGAAUUAUAAGAGUUUAACCUAAUUUCUCGUAAUUAUUUAUUGAUAAUCAUUGUCGUCGUAUAAAUAAAAUAUUGUGGAAUCGAAAUCGGACAUUAUUAAUUAUCAAGAUGAAAACUCGCUUCAACACAUACGAUAUAGUGUGCAUGGUUACUGAACUUCAAAGACUUGUUGGCAUGCGAGUAAAUCAGGUAUACGAUAUAGAUAACAAAACAUACGUUAUAAGACUGCAAAGGUCUGAAGAGAAGGCUGUGCUACUAUUGGAGUCAGGGAACAGAUUUCACACAACACAAUUUGAGUGGCCGAAGAAUGUUGCUCCCUCUGGAUUUACUAUGAAGUUGCGCAAACAUCUUAAGAACAAGCGCUUGGAGCACAUCUCACAAAUAGGGAUUGAUCGAGUAGUAGACAUGCAGUUUGGUAGUGGCGAAGCAGCAUAUCAUGUUGUAUUAGAGUUGUAUGAUCGGGGCAACAUAGUGCUCACAGAUUGCAAUUGGAUGAUCCUGAAUGUGUUAAGACCACAUGUUGAGGGUGAUAAAAUCAGGUUUGCUGUUAAAGAGAAAUACCCUCUUGAUAGAGCAAAAACAAGCUACAAGGCUCCCAAUGAAGAAGAACUUAGAGAGAUACUAUCUAAAAGUAGACCGGGGGACAAUCUUAAAAAAAUACUCAAUCCUAAUCUAGAAUAUGGAGCUGCAUUAAUAGAUCAUGUAUUAUUAGAAAAUAAUCUAUCAGGCAAUAUGAAGAUAACACAGGACCCCAACAAGGGUUUCCAAGUAGAUCGAGAUAUUUGUAAGCUAUUGGAGGCUUUGAAACAAGCUGAGAUUUUGAUGGACAAUGCUCAUAAAGAGGUGUCCAAGGGCUACAUAAUACAAAAGAGAGAAGAUCGUCCCAUACCUGAAGGGGGCGGAGCUGAUUAUCUCCUUACAAACCAGGAAUUCCAUCCUUUACUAUUUGCACAAUACAAGAGCCAUCAUCAUACAGAGUAUGAGACUUACGAUAGAGCUGUAGAUGAGUUCUAUUCAGCCCUAGAAGGACAGAAGAUUGAUUUGAAGACAAUACAAGUUGAACGCGAAGCACUCAAGAAGCUUCAAAACGUAAAAAAAGAUCAUGAGAAACGAAUUACUGAACUAGAAAAGGUCCAGACGGAAGAUAAACUGGCUGCUGAGAUUAUAGCCAGGAAUGAGUCGCUCAUUGAGCAGGCCAGGCUUAUUAUACAGGCUGCUAUAGCUAAUCAGAUGUCAUGGGAGGACAUAAAUAAAUUGGUGAAGGCAGCCCAAGAGAACGAGGACCCGGUCGCGAUCGCCAUCAAGGAGCUGAAGCUUAACAAGAACCACAUCACGCUGCUGUUGGGAGACCCCUACGACGAGGAGUUGAAGCCGAUGCUGGUGGACAUUGACUUGUCGCUGACUGCGUACGCUAAUGCUAGAAGAUACUACGAUCAGAAACGAAACGCAGCUAAGAAGCAGCAGAAGACGGUGGAAUCAUCAAGUAAAGCGCUGAAGAGCGCCGAGAGGAAGACGAAACAGACGCUGAAGGAGGCGCAGACCAUCAGCAGCAUCAGCAAGGCGAGGAAGACAUAUUGGUUCGAGAAGUUCUACUGGUUCAUAUCCUCUGAUAAUGUUCUGGUGAUAGCUGGUCGCGACCAGCAACAGAACGAGCUGCUCGUGAAGCGGUACAUGCGCGGCACAGACGUGUACGUGCACGCGGAGGUGACGGGCGCCUCCUCCGUGGUGGUCAAGUGCGGGGGCGGCACUCCUCCCCCUCGCACGCUCAGCGAGGCGGGACAGGCUGCGGUCGCAUACAGUGUAGCGUGGGAGGCUAAAGUGCUGACCCGUGCGUGGUGGGUCUUCGGUCAUCAAGUGUCGAAGUCAGCGCCCACAGGAGAAUACCUCACCACUGGGUCAUUCAUGAUCCGUGGCAAGAAGAACUACUUACUGCCAGAGCAUUUGCAGUUUGGCUUCAGUUUCAUGUUCCGCCUUGAAGACAGCUGCAUAGAGAGACAUAAGGAUGAACGAAAGUGCUUAGCAGAAGAUGCCGUAUCGGAAAACACCGCGGCUGAAAACAACGCAGUGGAAAACAACCAGGAAGAUCCCGAAGAGGAUGAGGAAAUUGUCGUAUCAGAUGAUUCAGAGCCUGAGUUGGAAACUAUACAAGAGAAUUUGAAGGAAGUGGUUAUUGAGGAAGCUGAUGAUGGAGAGGAGGGAGAGGAGAAUAAAAUUGUGGAGGAGAGUGAAGGUGACAGCGACAGUUCAGAUGAUGUAAUGGAUACUCAUAUUAAGGUUGACCAUGGGACAGGUGAAGUGACAUUCGAGUCUAAAACACGCACGCUUUCCGAGAUGUCUGACAAGAGUGAGCAGGACAAGCCGUUGAAAUUCCCCGCGCUACCCAAGAAAGGCAAGAAACAGCAGAAGCAGAAGGAGGAGAAGAAAGAGAAAGAAGACAAGACGAAAGAUGGUCUGAAACGUGGACAGAGAUGGAAGCUGAAAAAGUUGAAGAAGUAUAAGGACCAGGACGAUGAAGACAAAGAAUUUAUUAAGGAGUUCUUGAAGUCCGAUAAAGGUACGAACGACUCGAAGAAAGCCCAAAAGCUAGCGGUUAAGGGUAAGGAGAAGAAAUCAAACCGUAGUGCGAAGAUACCCCAGCCGGCUCCGGUCAUCCUUGAGGCCGAGUCGGAGGAGGAGCCCGAAGUAGAAACGGAGGUGGAAACGGCGGCAGGUGACGUGGACGCGGAGAUGCUGCACCAACUGACCGGCGUCCCUCAUCCAGAAGACGAGCUGCUGUUCGCAGUGCCUGUGGUAGCACCCUACUCUACGCUCCUCAACUACAAAUACAAAGUGAAGCUGACUCCAGGGACCAGUAAGCGUGGUAAAGCAGCUAAGACCGCGGUGCAAGUGUUCCUCAGGGACAAAGCUGCCUCCAACAGAGAGAAGGAUCUGCUAAAGGCCGUCCGAGAAGAGAAUGUCGCCAGGAACUUCCCCGGAAAAGUCAAGUUGUCCGCGCCACAGUUACACCGACAUAAAAAGUGAGAAUGACACGUCUUCUCGUCCUCGAACUCUUAUAACUACCACUGUGGCUUUGGGAAACAUCUAAAAUAAUUCUAAUGACUAGUGUUAUCAAAAAUGGCCUUAUUAAUGUCGGUAAUAUAAAUAUAAAUUAUUAAUAUUAUUUAGAAAUGUACAAUCUGAUGAUCUGAGCUAAAAGUGGCCAGAUUCAAAAUCUAUUUUAAUAUUAAGUCAGUAUCCAAAGAUAAUCUGAUUUACUAUAAUGUGAUAUUAUGUAAAUAAAUACUUGAACAUAGAUGUAAAAAGAACAACUACACUCACAAUCACGCUUAAAAUUUGUUUGAAGCAAAACUGCCUAUGCGUCUAUUAGGCAGAGUUUUCGUUCAGUUGUGUGUUGACCGCGCUUUGAAUCCAACGCCACGCAAUGACAAAGUGUUCAGUAAAUAACUGUCCAAAUAACAGCAUAUCCAAACUUAAAAAAGAUGCAGUGUAGUAUUUCAGCUAAGUAUCCCUUAAAAUUGAACAAAAUUGUGUAACUAACUUGACAUUUUUAAUCAUUUUUCUAAAUAACUACAUUUUGAUUGCUAAAACAAUAUACGUCGCCGACGAAAUGUGCACUUUUCGCACUAUAAUUACAAGACUUUGAACAUUACUACCAUGAAAUAAGGUGUUAAUUUGAAUGAACGUUUUAAUGUUAUCUGUAUAAGUUAAUGUGUAAGUAUAUACAACGCCGCUAGGACAUUUUUGACGUCCUUUUCAUAGGCGCUUGUGAGUGUAGUUAUUAAUAGCACGUCAAUGAUUUGUAAUUACCGUGUAUGGUACUUUUAUUUUAAGUAUGGUACAGAGCAUAAAAAAACCAUAAAUACAUAA